CGCCUUGCUGUCAUAACUCCCCACUAUCAACAGCCACCCAUCGGUUCCUUUUUCAUGCCCCUAGAUGAAACAUGGGAGGCAAUUUUACAUUUCCAACAGAAGCCGUGAGUCGUUUCAUCGUAGCGGACCUGGUGAACGUAACCUGGAAUGUUCUUGCCCCUCUGGUCUCGCUCUAUGAGAGCUGCGGGAGCGAUGACCGCGCAUUAGAAGAGAAAACAAACAACAACUAUAGUUACGUGUGGACAGCGACUCGUCAAGACUACAAAGAGUCUGGCUGCAACUUCAAGCUCCAGCCAUUCACAGCCGAGGGCGAGUCGUACGGUGACAAUAUUACAGGCGUCACUUUCGGGGUCGCAAAAAGAUACACAAGUGAUCCAUCACCGGUCGCGUACAAUUUCAUCAAUGAAUCGACUUCCACGACUGCAAGCCCGACGAAAGCGACGUCCACGACUCUCCUUUCUUCCACUAACGCCGAAACUACAUCCCCCUCAACGACCGAGACGACUUCUCAGACUAGCAAUGGCUUGUCAUCAACCACUAAAGUUGGAAUUGGUCUUGGAGUUUCAUUAGGAGUUUUGUUAAUAGCCGCCACUAUUGGUGCGUUCCUAUUAUGCCGGCGCAAAAGACGCCAUAAAGCCACUCAGGAAGUGUCGGUGAUAGAUCAACCUAGAGAUGACCUUGCUCCGCUGCCCAUCUUUGGGUAUCAAGACCCGCAUCAUACACGGAUGUCCCAGACGGAGACAGUGACCUCCCUUUCGCAGAUGUCAAGCGAAAAUAGAAGGUCGACAGGGACCGAGAAACGGCUGAGCGAACUGAUGUCUACUGAACGAGCCGAGCUGGCCUGAUAUUGAUGUAUUCUUGCAGCUAUUAGUGUAUCAGGGCAACGGCUCUAUGCCACUGAGGGAUCUUGGCUUCCGAGAUUACCUAUGCCGAGAGGCACCACGCGUCGCGGGGCUCGGUACGUAGCGAGGAUGGGUUUCUGACUAGAACGUACAUCGAUUAUUGCCAUAGUUUGAACAAUUCAGCAGGUUACAAGAGGGUC